AUGUACGAAGGGAUUGACAACUUGAAAUCCCUUUACGACCGUGCCGGGAAUACUUUCUCCGGCGGUCCUUCUGCGACACAGGAUGUGCCGCGUCGUACUGCUCAACCAGACCCAGUACGUCGAUCAUCAGUUGGGAGCGGGGCUCCCAAGAAUCCCAGGACGGGGGAUAGCCGCGCCACCGGACGAGAUAACUCGUCGGACGUCCGUUCACGUCGCGGUGGUUCAACAGCUGCUCAACUAGAUAGCGCUGGCCACCGCGAGAGUCCUCUAAUGGAGGUGGAGGAGAAGUAA